AGUAUAUACAUAGGUGGGAAGAUGGUCAUGUUCAAGUCUCCAGCAACAAAGUCCCUGGAAUCAGAUGCGUUCCUGAAGAAAACAUUAAAACUAAACAACAGGGACAUCAUUGGCUCUGGAGGCCAUGGGACUGUUUACAAACUUGCACUAAGUGACUCCUUGACAUUUGCUGUGAAACGACUGAACAGAGGAAGUGCUGAAAGAGAUCAAGGAUUCGAGAGAGAAUUGGAAGCGAUGGGAGACAUAAAGCAUCGGAAUAUCGUCACGCUUCACGGAUACUACACUGCUCCUCACUAUAAUCUCCUUAUAUAUGAGCUAAUGCCUAAUGGAAGUUUGUAUGAAUAUCUACAUGGAAGAUCGAAGGAGAAGGUUUUGGAUUGGCCAUCACGGUAUAAAAUAGCAGUAGGUGCAGCGAGAGGCAUAUCGUACCUUCAUCACGACUGCAUCCCGCACAUCAUACAUAGAGAUAUCAAGUCGAGCAACAUAUUGUUGGAUCAAAACAUGGACGCUCAAGUGUCCGACUUUGGAUUGGCAACUCUGAUGGAACCCAACAAGACUCAUGUAUCGACUAUUGUGGCAGGCACAUUUGGGUACUUGGCUCCAGAAUACUUCGAUACGGGACGAGCAACGACAAAAGGAGAUGUCUACAGUUUUGGUGUAGUACUACUCGAGCUCUUAACAGGGAAAAAACCGACUGAUGAAGCAUUUAUGGAAGAGGGAACUAAACUUGUGACAUGGGUGAAAACAGUUGUUCAGGAGAAAAGGGAAGAAUAUGUACUUGACAGAAGUUUGAGCUCUUUUCCAGUCGACGAGGUUAAUGUCGUAUUUAGCAUUGCACUGAAGUGCCUUGAACCAGAACCUGCUCGGCGACCGACAAUGGCAGAGGUCGUCAAAGUGCUUGAGCAGCUAAAGUCAAGUAGCAUUGUAACAGAUUCUUGAGUAGGUUCCUUCUCUAAAAUGUAUUAUACACUUAUUGUGAUCUCGCAUUUGUAAUUUGUUUGGUGGAACCUUAUCCAAAUGUUCAUUCAAACUAA